GCGCGGCGAGCCAAAGCUGUCAGCUGCAGCAGCGGCAGCACUCUCAGCAGUACCAACCAGCUCGACAGACACCCGGAAGGCACGAAAGUCAAUUUGGGAGAGCAUUAUGAAUCGUUUUAAGACCUCCAAAUUCAAAAACACCACUCCGAAGGUUGCCAAGAAAGAGGGAUGGAUUAACAAUAUCCACGCUGGCUCCGUCUCCUGCCAGGGGAGCCACAUCACAGCAAGCUCCAAGCUGGUGGCUUUCAACACCGAUCAGGCUGGUGGUGGGAUGGUGGGCCUGACCUCAGUCAGCCCUUCGGAUGGCCAAUGGACGGUCACCCAGAUCUCCUGCCAUUCCGAUCUGGUGACUGAUAUGGACUUUUCUCCCUUUGAUGAGUGUCUCCUGGCAACCUGCUCUGGGGAUGAAACGGUGAAGCUGUGGCGUUUGUGCGAUCCAGAGCAGGAGCAGCCCAGCAGUCCUGAAUUGACUCUACAGCCAGGUCAGGGCAGGCUAGAGCUUGUGCACUUCCAUCCCACUUCCUCGGGCCUGCUGGCUGUUGCAACCACCAAGUCUCCUCUGAUUUGGGACACCAGCAGGCAAGAUGCGCCUCUUGCAGCCUUGGAGCAGCACAGCGACCAGUUGCAGAGUCUCAGUUGGAAGCGGGACGGCUCCCUUCUUGCGUCUUCCAGCAAGGACAAGAUGUUGCGAGUGUUUGAUCCCAGAGCCCAGUUGACACCUGUUCAGAGUGCCAAGAGCCUUCAGAGCAACAAGGACUCCCGGAUCCUGUGGGCCAGAGAUGACUUUUUAUUGACCACCGGCUUUGAUACGAUGCGGACUCGUGAAGUGAGACUUUGGGACAGCAGGAAGCUGAGCUCUUCAGUCAGCUCGCUGUCACUCGGCACCUCCAGCGGGUUGCUGGUCCCUCUGUUUGAUGAUGACACUGGUCUCCUCAUGCUCGCUGGCAUUGGAGACACUGCAGUUGAUUGUUUUGAAGUCUCCGCCGCUGAGCCUUUCCUGACUCAAGUGAGUCACUGUCUGACUGACGCUUCAACUCGAGGCGCUGCCAUGGUGCCAAAGUUGGCACUGGAUGUCAUUUCCUGUGAAGUGGUGCGUGUUCUUCAGCUGACAGACAGCUGCAUCGUUCCGAUCAGCUACCAAGUCCCUCGCAAGAGUUCAGGCCAGGAGUUUCAUGAUGACCUUUAUCCAGACACGGCGGGCACGACUCCAGCCAUGUCUGCCGAGGAGUGGUGGAAGGGAGGGAACAAACAGGUGGAUAAAGUCAGCCUCCACCCAGACAAGAGACCCAAACCAGCAGCAAAACAGACGCCUGUUAAGAAGGAGCUGCCCCGCGGAGGAAGCAAAGAGGAUCAGCCUCACGGCUGCUCCACCUCCAGUAGUCCUCUGAGCACCCCCAGCAGCACCGCUGCCCCGUCCCGCUCUCCCUCCUCCACCUCUGGUCUCUCCUCAGGCUUCCUCCCCAGUCCCAGCCAGAGCGUAAAGGCAAUCCAAAACAUGCUGGGACCAACAUCCAAAUUCCGACACAUCCAGGGUGCGGUGAUGCACCGGGACAAACACAUCACCAACAUCCGGAACCUCAACCUGACGACGCCAGGCGAGUGUGACGGCUUCUGCGUAAACCGCCAACGUGUGGCCGUCCCGCUCGCCAUAGCAGGAGGCCAGAUUGUUGUGUUUGAGCGCUCUGGACCCGGGAGGCAGCCGGACACAGCUCUGCCCACCAUCCAAAACUCUGUAAACGUGGCCGACUUUUCCUGGGACCCCUUUGACGCACACAGACUGGCAGUGGCUGGAGAUGAUGCUAAAAUCAGGAUGUGGCAGGUACCUGAGGGUGGGCUGAAAGAGACGCUGACUGAGCCUAAGCUCGUCUUGCAAGGCCACACCGAGAAGAUCUACUCCAUCAAGUUUCACCCUCUGGCCAGUGGAGUCCUGGUGUCCUCAUCCUACGAUCUCACAGUCAGACUGUGGAACCUGGAGAGCGGAGAGCAGGUCAAGAUUCUCACCGGCCACCAGGACCAGGUGUUUGGAAUGGCGUGGAGUCCAGACGGGAAGCUGCUGGCCACAGUCUGCAAGGAUGGGAAAGUUCGCAUCUAUGACCCUCGCAAAUCUACAGCACCUGUGCAAGAGGGGCCGGGGCCAGAGGGCCACAGAGGAGCUCGUGUGGUCUGGGUGUGUGAUGGGAAGUACCUGCUGGUGUCAGGAUUUGACAGUCGUAGCGAAAGAGUACUUUACCUGUUCUCCGCUGACUCCCUGUCAUCCGGGCCAAUAGCCAACGCUUCUUUAAACGUAUCUCCCUCCACUCUUAUCCCAUUUUACGACCCCGACACCAGCGUUGUAAUUCUUACUGGGAAAGGCGACACCAGAGUCUACAUUUAUGAGUUGGUCCCAGAAGAUCCCUACUUUAUCGAAUGCAGCAGUUUUAACUCCCCUGAGCCUCAUAAGGGCCUUGCCUUUUUGCCUAAAACGGAGUGCAACGUGCGAGAUGUGGAGAUAGCUGUGGGACUGAUGCUCACCAAGACCACCAUAGAGCCGGUGGCCUUCAGAGUCCCCCGGGUUAAAAAAGAGUUCUUCCAGGACGACGUGUACCCAGACACAGCAGUGUGGUGGGAGCCUGCGCUCACCGCCUCCGCCUGGCUCUCUGGCUCCAACGGCCAGCAUAAAAAGCUCAGCCUGAAGCCCAAAGACAUGACGCCAGUGAGUGAGGCCCCCAAAGAGGCUCCGGUGAGGAAAUACCUGCCCUCGUCUGUUUACCUGGAGGAAAAAACGGAUGAACAGAAAAAAGACGAGCUCCUGAGUGCCAUGGUGGCUAAGCUGGGAAACAUGGACGACCCCCUGCCACAGGAGUCCUUUGAGGGUGUGGAUGACGAGGAGUGGGAUGAUUAAAGAGGAUGUCAUCAUCCGGGCUUUGCUUCAAGUCAUGGUGCCAACAGCAGAGAGGAAAGGACAGCUCAAGAGUUAUUUUGCCAUUCGUGUUUGAACGCGUCACCCAGACAAUCUCCUGGGGAAAACGAACACCGCAGCCUACCGAACAAGAGAAACAUUGCAUUACAUAAAAACUCAUAUGGUGUAAAUUAAACUUCCAUAAUAUUUAGUACUUCUCUGCAGGAAAUCCCACAUUCAGUUUGAGCUUAAAAUAGUUGUUUUCUCUGUACAGACGACAACAUAAGUGUGGGCACCCGUGGUAAAAAUGUAAAACCUGAAUAUAAAUUAAUCUUGAGAAUAGCCAUAAUUUCAAAGCAAAAAAAAAUACAGCCUUUCAUUUUAAUAUACUUAUUUCAUGGGAGAAACAUCUUAUUUUACAAAAUAAUUACUUUAACAAAUAAUGGGAUAUAUAGAAGAAACAAACUCCUCUUGGAAAGCACAAUCUGUCAGCAUUUGCUUUUUUUUUCCAAGAUCAAAUGUAAAAUCUUUCUUUUCUGAUUAAUUGUACUAAUAUUGAAAGCUCGGAUUCCCCCCUUCUCUCCCUUUUUUCAUUGUGAGAUUACGCUAUGCUUUUUGCACAUCUUUACCAGGGGUGCCAACAAAUGUCUUCAUUGGUAUAUCUUUAACGGAUUCAUCUAUUUGAUGAAUUCAUGAGAUAAUCAUAUAAAAUCACACAACGGUAAAAUAACAAAUCAGAAAAUGUGAAUAAAUCUGCAGCCUGAUGUAUAACCAGUUAACUCUCUUAGCAGCUUGUUAAAAUAAACAAUGUAGAAUCAAGGCUAGUUUCUCCUAACUUUUAAUGGCACAUUUUUAUUUUGUAGAUCUAAAUAAUGAAAUCUUGAAUGUUUGGUUCGACAUGGGACCACUGCUUUGCUUUCUAAUUGUCCACUAUAACAGCACAAGUUCUUAAGACUGAUUGUCUUCCAGUAGAUCAUGCAAAUCACAGUUACUGUAACAGGUUUGAGCUUCUGCAGCAGAUGCCACCUUAAACUUAAGGACACAACAGGGACAGGGGAGUCUCUGAUGUUAGGAACUAUAGAUUCCUUUUCUUUUUAAGCAUAAAUUGAUAUACAGUUGAUUGAUGGUAGAUAUUGUGCAUUUGUGUAUUUGUCCUAGUUAAUGGGUUUGAUUAACUCUUUAACCAUUAAGGAAUGCUUGUAUGAGGAGGGGAAAAAUUGGGAAUUUUGUGCUUUUACUUAAUCAUUCCACUUUGUUUGCAGGGUAGCCUAAUGUUUUUUUUAACUUUAACCCUUGUUAAUAUUCUAACAGUUUGGGGAAUAAUACCCUUUGAAUGGUAUUAAUUAGGCAAACGGCACAGUGUUAGUAACUUAAAAGUGAAGCCAUUGUUGUGUAAUCAUCACUCAGGGCCGCGUUGGAGUCGUUGAGAACCAUUUAUUGAUCCAACAACGUUGUUUACAUCCUCAGAAUGACUGAUGUGAUCAGGCCAAAUCAGCCGUGUAUUUUCCUGCUCGUCAUGUUGAACACAUGUACGGUGGAUGUCACCGGAUGUAUGUGCUUGUGAUUUUUAAAGGUCUCUUGUAUGUUUUGAUUGGAUUAACUGGUUUUGGGCUUUGUUUUUAUAUAGUAAGUAGAACAUUGUGGUUUUGUUUUUAUAGUAAUGGUUUGUGGAUCUUUUUUCAAAAACUGUCUUGCAAUAAACACCAUAUGAACUCUCU